CUCUCCUCAGUUAAGCCUCAAUUCCAAAAGGUCAUUUCCAAUCAAGGUCAUUUCUCUUUUUACUUCCUUGCGCAGGAAGCGGUCUAAAGAAAUGAGCCAAAGCACUUCAAAUUCUUUUGGGCUCUAACUCAGUCGGAAACUGCGCUCUAUCCGUAAUCAAGGACCUCUCUGUUCCCCGUCGAACUGAGGACUUUUUCUUUCUCUUCAAGAUCGUUGUCCUCCAGUCCGACGCUUUCCGUGCCCUAAGGCCAACGAGGCAGUUGCGAGCUCUGUGGCUAAUCCUUGGGGCGUGUGUAUUAGCGCAUCUACUGUUGCCGUGGCACUGUGCUUCUCAGAACGCGUCGAUUUGGAGGGAAACUGCAAUCACA